AUGAAGCACCUUGCCGCUUAUUUGCUGCUUAACUUAGCCGGGAAAACCCCCAAUGAAAAGAAUAUUAAAUCUCUUCUUGAUACUGUUGGUAUUGAAGCAGAUUCUGAUAGAAUAAGUGAUCUAUUAGCUCAAUUAGACGGUAAAGAUAUAAAUGAGUUGGCUGCCAUAGGAUCGACGAAACUUGCAACUGUUCCAGCUGGUGGAGGUGGUGUUGUUUCAGGAGGUGGUGGAGCUGCUGCUUCAGCACCAUUGAAAAAAAGACGAAUUUCAACUUCUCCAUUUGACGAACGUCGGGUUAGCAUCAAUGAACCACUUAAAAAGAUCAAACAGGAGAAUAUCAAUAAUAAUGUUUCUCCUGGGGGAAACAACAACAACAAUAAUAAUUUAAAGUCAGAACCUUUCUCACCGAAAAUGUCUCAACAACAACAACAAAGUAAAGCUAGUGGUAGUGGUUCUUCUCCUUUCACAACUCGUCAAAUUGGAAAUACAGGUUCUAAUAUUACACAUUCGUCUGGUCAAACUAUUAAUACUACUAGCAACAUCCUUCCCGGUGAACUUCAGAACCUUUCUCAAACACUUACACCAGAUUUUACAUUUGAUCAAUCACUUCGUAAAAAAUUUCUUGAUCCGGCAAUUAACGCGUUAUUUCGUACUAUGAAAAAGGAAUUGGAAGAUAAAGACAAGAUGAUUGAAAAUUUACAAAGUGAAUUAGAUGGUGUUAAGUUUACCACAAAUAGUAUUACUGGACAAAAGCUUGUUGCAAAAUUAAAGGCAUUACAGGAAGAGAAUGAGGAAUUAGGAAGACAACUUCGUCAAGGUCGUGUAGAACAAUAUGAAGUUGAAAUAGCCAUGCAACGAAAAUUGAUUAAUGAAUUAAAACAUGGAGUUGAAGAAUAUGAAAGUAAAAUUAUUACUUUUGAUUCAGAAAUUGAACACCUUCAAGAUUUAAUAUUUCAAAUACAAUCAAAGUUGAAACAAUAUCAGAACAAAUAUGGUCCAUUAGUACCAGAAAAUAAUAAAGAGAAAGAGAAUGUUUCAAAAAUAGCAACAACUACAACAAAUAAUAAUACAUCAAAAUCAGACAUUGGGGCUGUUACUGAAGAAAUAAAAAGAGACGUUCAUUCACAAAGAAUGGAUGAAGGCUAA